GAAGUUCAAAGUAUAAAGAGUCUUUUAUUUCAUACAUUUAUUUUGCAUCAUCCAAGUAGCAUUCUUCUGUGUAUUCUCUAGCUGAUACGCAACUUGGCUACGCUGUUUUCAUCUUCGCUCUCGACUUUAGGCCGAUUCCCUAUCUCAAAAUGGCUGGCUGUCGUUUCAAUUCCCCAGAACUGGUCACUUCUUUGCCUGGAGUCGCUGCUUCUCCAACCUUUGCGUUUGAUGCAACCAACACCGCCUACCUGGGCCUUGCAGGAAGCUUCACGUCCAACAACGGAGCGGCUUGCUCUUUUCCCACUCGCUAUGUCACUCAACAACGUACAUCGACGUAUGCCAUCACUCCACUCAUCGUCGCUACAGGACGAACUACCACAUGUUCCAUCUUGGCACCACCAUCCAUAACUCCCGGUUCAGGCGGCUCAACCACUUACUCCGGUUUCGAGUGCCCCAGUGUUACCGGUAAUAGCCUGGCCCCUGGAACUUAUACCUUGAGGUUCAGCCAACCGGCGAACGUUGGUGGUGCUCCUUCCAUCUCGUCGAGACUCUUCAUCAUCGCCUCACCCACCUUCAUGACCGAUCGCGUGACUGCAACCAUUAUUCAGACAGAAACUGCAUCUGGUGCGGAUCCUACUGCCACUGUCACUGAAUUCACCUCGACUGCAACCGUGCCUGGCGACGACCAGACGGUUACUGAAACUUCUACCGGUACAACUACGGCUACUACCACUGUCACUGAUUUCGAAUGCCCUCCUACGGCCUCGAGCUCUACCUCGUCGGCGGCUAGUACCCCCACGGGUACUUUGCCUGUGUCGCCGAACGGGCAGUGUGGCGAUCGUAGCGGACAGACAUGCUCUGGCUCCACAUUCGGAAGGUGUUGUUCAGCGUACGGAUGGUGCGGAUCAAGCGACGCCCACUGCCUGACAACCGAAGGCUGCCAGCCAGGAUUCGGCGACUGCACAAUCCCCUCUCCCGUCUCCAGCACCCCACCCGCCCCUACACCAACGUCCAAUGUCUCGACAGACGGAACGUGCGGUGGAACGCAGGGGUUCGUAUGCACAGGAAGUAUCUACGGCGACUGCUGCUCACCAUACGGCUGGUGCGGUGACGCCGCCGCCCACUGCGGCCCCGGAUGCCAGAUCGCCUUCGGCACGUGUCCCGUCCCGUCGCCGACCGGCACCGCUCCAGUGCCCACAUCCACGCUUCCAGUCACGCUAGACGGACGGUGCGGCGAGACCUCAGGCCAGACCUGCGCCGGCAGCAGCUACGGCGACUGCUGCUCAGCCUACGGAUACUGCGGCCGCACGGCAAGCUACUGCACCGCCGGAUGCCAGCCUAUAUUCGGCACUUGCAGCGUCGCGGUAGCACGGGUUAGACGGUCGGGCGCGCUGCUUCGGGAACGUGCCAUUGGAGGUGCGGGCCCGGAUUAUACGUACCCGCCUAUUCCAAGGACGACGGUUACGUCGACGACUACGCAGAGCACGACGGUUACUGCUAGUGCGCCUGGGACGACGACGGUCGGCGGUGUGGUCACGACGACUGUGGGGGGCGAAGUGACGGUUACGACGAGCACGUUUGUGGCUGGGACGACGGUGACGGCGACGACUACUCAGACGGGGUGUAGUACGGCGUUGUGAGUGGGGAGUGGUGAGAGUAGGAGGGAGAUGAGGUGGGAGGGACGUCAUGUGCGCAAUAUAUAUAUUGUUAUAUUCCGUGUUCUGUAUUAGUAGUCUUAUUUCAACACAUUGCAUCUACGCUGAUUCCCUUGACGAUAUAUUGCGUGCCAUCCAAAUCCUACCAGUCGUCACCACAA